GAUGUCCCUCAGGACCAUCUCUGUCCCUUUCUUUGCGGGAAUGACCUUCCUCCAUCAUCAUCCUCAUCAUCCUCAUCUCCACCAUCCCCUGAUAUCCUCCAGAAUCAUCUCCAUCCCUUUCUUUAUAGGAAUGAUCUUCCUUCAUCAUCCUCAUCUUCACCAUCUCCACCAUCCCUUGAUGUCCUCCAGGAUCCCGUCCAUUUUCUGCCCUGUGGAACUGACCUUCUUCCACCAUCAUCCUCAUCAUCAUCCUCAUCAUAUCCUCAUCAUCUUCACCAUCUCCAUCACUUCUUGAUGUCCCUCCAUCCUUUUCUUUGUGGGAAGGACCUUCCUCCAUCAUCAUCCUCAUCUUCACCAUCUCCACCAUCCCUUGAUGUCCUCCAGCACCAUCUCCAUCUCUUUCUUUAUAGGAAUGACCUUCCGCCAUCAUCGUCAUCACCAUCACUGUCUUCAUCACUUCUUGAUGUCCCUCAGGACCAUCUCUGUCCCUUUCUUUGCGGGAAUGACCUUCCUCCAUCAUCCUCAUCAUCCUCAUCUCCACCAUCCCUUGAUGUCCCUCAGGACCAUCUCCUUUCCACCCCGAUGUCCCCUCAGCGCGUCCCCACCCCGUUCCCGUGCCCUCCCCUCCCCGUGUCCCCUCCCCAUGUCCCUCAGUGUCCCCUCCCCACGCUGACCCCUCCAUGUGUCCACCCCACAGCCGACAUCGCCCGCGGCCUGGGCGCCCGGACGGUCAUCGCCAUCGACGUGGGCAGCCAGGACGAGACCGACCUGUGCAACUACGGCGACUCCUUGUCCGGCUGGUGGCUGCUCUGGAAACGCCUCAACCCCUGGGCCGAGAAGGUCAAGGUGCCGGACAUGGCCGAGAUCCAGUCGCGCUUGGCCUACGUGUCGUGUGUCCGGCAGCUGGAGGUGGUCAAGUCGAGCUCGUACUGUGAGUACAUCCGACCACCCAUCGACCGCUUCAAAACCAUGGACUUCGGCAAAUUCGACGAGAUCUACGACGUGGGGUACGAGCACGGCAAGGUGGUGUUCGAGGGGUGGAGCCGCGGGGACGUCAUCGAGAAAAUGGUGAAGGAUCGGCGCUCGGCGGAUUUCUACGAGAGCAAACGGAUGGACGUGCUCACCUGUCCCAGUGCCGGUUUCACGGAUCUGGCUGAGAUCGUGUCUCGUAUUGAACCGGCGCAGCCGUACCUGUCCGACGGCUACGGGGACGGUGAGGGGACAGCGGGGCUUUGGGGCCAGUUUUGGGGCUGA